GUUUAUGAGGCAUAUUGAGCUUGCCGUGGAAAGUGGCAGUGUGAUGCUUAUGGGAUUUGAUGUAAAUGUUGCCCUCAACGUCAAGGUGGACAACCGACCAGAACCGUGCCAUUUUGCCAUUGUUAUUGGCAUGGAUCAGGAGCGUGGAAUAGUGAGGCUGGCUGAUGUGAAUGUGAAAAAAUACCGUAAGACUUGGCAUCUACCGGUAACACGGCUCUAUUCCGCUGUCAUUGGUUACGGCUACAUUGUGGCAGCCAAAUCACGGAAAACCAUUGAAAAACUUAACGCAACGGGGUUUGAACAAUCCGUUCUGAGUGAGGCUCGUUAUGCGCUUCCACCGACGCAGCGAUUAUUGCGGUUUGAAUACCCGAAAAAAAAUUAUGUUGUUACGAUCCUCGCGGAUGCGUUUGCUCGUCUGGGAUUUAAAGCGGAUGUGGAGAGUGUUGUAAAUUUCAGUGGGUUUCAUCUCUCGUUUAUGCUUUCAGAGCACUUGCCUUUAGAGAACGCGGCCACCGUGGCACGCAAUUACUCUCACACGCAUGCAGAGGAUGGUGUAAGUGUUGCUACAAGACACAUGGACAAGGGUGCAACAGGUUCCACCUUACAAGGCCUUCUUCAACAAAUUCGAUUUGCCUUACAAUUUCCAGAGUCACGUUGUCUAAUUGUGAAUUUUCAGACUUCCAUCAUACAUGCUAAUAAGGCGGUGUGGAAUGGCAGCAACGGCGGAUCUUAUGCGAUUGUGCUUCACUUUGAUGAAUCCAGUUCUCUUGUGACACUCAGUGAUUCGAACCAUGGAUCUUUUUACAGAACCUGGGUGUGUCCAUUGGACGUCCUAUUUGAUGCUAUAUCAGCUGUAGAUUCGAUCGCCCUGCGUGCUAGAGGUACUCUUAUGCUUACGACCACAUCACAGCGCGAUAUGUAUCUUGAUUGCUACGGCUAUGAUAUGCGUCAUUCAAUUGUGCAUCAUCCCUUCAAACCGAGCGUGUGGCCUGCGUUUCACUGUCUUGCCCUAGUCGCAUCCGAGAUGAGCCGUGGGGACUCAACGACGGGUCAGUCUGUACAAUUUUCAGCGGAGGAUUUUCUUUACUCGCUUUCAUCUUUCUCCGUCCACAACGUGCUUAGAAACGAAUUGGAAAGUGAACACAUUGCUGCCCUCGCCAACACGGCCUUUGAACGGCUGGAGAUUCCCCUUGAAGCCAAUGCUGUGGAUGUCACGAUUUCAGGAUCUUUUAUAAAAGCUUGCUGCGACGAGACGGUUAAUGGGAAACCGGUCACAAUGACGCUCCUGGGGUAUGACACACGGCCGAUUCAUCGAGUGGCGGGGUUUUCUGUCGCUGCCAUCAAUCGCGUGCGCGGAACCGAAAAGGAGGGGUUCGUGCAAUUGGUGGAGGGUAAUGGCUGCACCUUUGGAUCUGUCUGGGAGCGUCCAGCGCAGGAACUGCAGUUUGCGGUGACAGCAAUGGUGAGGAUUAGGCGGCGUUGA